AUGAGGUGCCUGCCUCGCCUGCAAUUGCUGAGGCACCGCGGCUGCGCUCAGAGCCUUUCGCGGAAGCCGCGGGAGGCGAACCGGUGGCAGUGGCUGGCGGGUGCGGCGGCUGUGGCGGGCGCCUGGGGACGGCCCACGGAGAACGAAGGACCCAGGAAGGCUCCAGAUGUCUCCUGCGAGCACUCGGUGGAGAUGAUAAAUUGGAGCGGCACCCACGGCUUGACCACUAGGAAGCUCUUCCAGCCGGAGAGCGAGCGGCAGCUCUUGGAGCUCUUGCGCUGGGCCUCCCAGGCGAAGCAGAAGGUGCGGCCGGUGGGCAUGAAUCUGUCGCCCAAUGGCCUGGCGCUGCAGGAGCAAGGCAUGGUCUCCAUGUCGGAGCUGGAUGCCAUCAGAGGCGUGGACCUGCAGCGGGGCACCAUCACGGUGCAGGCGGGCUGCCGGGUCUCGCAGAUCCUCGAGGAGCUGCGGAAGCGAGGCCUCACCCUGGAGAACUUCAGCUCCAUCACCGAGCAGCAGGCGGCCGGGUGGACGCAGGUCUCGGCCCACGGCACCGGGGCGCGGAUCCCCCCGGUGGACGAGAUGGUGGUGGCGAUAACCGCCGUGAGCCCCGAGAAAGGCGUUCUGAAGCUCACAGAGGUAGACAAGCUCUUCCCCUGGAUGAGGGUGGGCCUUGGGGCGCUGGGCGUGGUCCAGGAGUUGACCUUGAAGGUGAUCCCAAGGUACACACUCCAUGAAAAGACCUACUGCUGCACGUAUGCGGAACUCGAGCGGGACCACAAGCGCCUGCUGCAGACCUACCGACAUGUCCGCUACAUGUGGAUCCCCUACACGGACACCAUCGUGGUGGUGGUCUCCAAUGUGCCGAAGGACGCGCUCGCCGCGGCCAAAAGCUGCCAGGCGCCGCUGCCGGAGGCGCAGCGGGUGGAGCCGCUGCGGCGGCUGCUGCGGCAGCUGCAGCCGAACUGCGGGGACCUGGAUGGCAAGAACUUCGCGGAGCUCCGGGAGAAGCUGUUGGUGUUGGAUCCUCUGAACCCCAGCCAUGUGGCCAAGGUGAACCAGGCGGAGGCGCAGUUCUGGCGGAAGUCCAGCGGGGAGCGCGUGGCCGACAGCACGGAGAUCCUGGGCUUUGAAUGCGGGGGCUCGCAGUGGGUGCUCGAGAACUGCUUCCCCUGCGGCACUAUCGAUGAGCCCAACCUGCGAGACAUCCAAUACGUCAAGGAGAUGAAGGACAUCAUCGAGGCAAACCACAUUGCCGCCGCCUCCCCCAUCGAACAGCGGUGGACAUCGAGGAGCACCAGCCCGAUGAGCCCUGCUUUCUCCAAGGAGGCCAAUGCGCUGUUCUCCUGGGUGGGCGUCAUCAUGUACAUCACCUCGGAGCAGCAAGCGCCGGCCAUCAAGGCCAAGUUCAAAGAGUACGCCAAGCACCACGCCGACCUCACCUUCAAAUAUGGUGGGUUCUUCCACUGGGGCAAAGUGGACCUCGCCUUCCACGAGGGCCCCAGGCGCGAGGGCCUGCGCAAGGCGCUGGCAGAGAAGUUUGAUCUUGGAGAGUUCCGACGUCUGAAGCAAGAGCUCGACCCCAACAACGUCUUGGGCAACGCCAUCACCGACGUCUUGCUGUGGGGCUGA